UCUCAAGCUUCUGAAUUUGUGACAACGAUAUUUGUCCUCUGUUGAUAAUUUUGGAAAAUAGUAUGGUAUAUACAUAUCAAGUUGUGAACUAAAAAUUAGACAUACUAUGUCUAAGGACCCCGUCGGUACAAUGAAAGGCGGGGCCUCCGUGCCCAAGCUCGGAUAAUUGGCAUCUUAUUGCAAAUGCUCAGACAUCCACCAUGAACCUUCCAUACAUAGUUAUUCAUUGGCCAUCCAGACCAUAUAUCCGUGACGGAUAAGGUAUGGUGAAUGCAAUGUUAGCUAGGUCCAAGCCUGAAGAAUAUCUAGAAAAAUUACUCAACAACCCCUCAAUUUUUGUCUCCACCGUUGUCUUACCUCUAAAGUAUAUAACUUGGCGUUCGACUACCAGAUCAAGUUCCCUCCUCCUGAUCAUUCAAGAAAAGCUUACUUUACAUUUACAUAUAUAAAGCAAGUGAUAUUGGAAGCUAUCAUGACUGGUUCCUUGAUCAAAGCGCUAGGGCUGGCGAGUGUCGCCUCGGCUACGCUGCAGAUUGUCCCGGGCGCUACAUGGACUGCGGCCGGAACCAAUCAGCAUGUGCAGGCUCAUGGCGGAGGGAUUAUCGAAGUCGACUCGACCUUCUACUGGAUCGGUGAAAACAAGUUGGGUGGAAGCUCCUUCCAAUCUGUUAAUUGUUAUUCAAGCAAGAACCUGGUGGAGUGGACGUUUGUAGGAGAACUUCUUUCUCGUCAGAGCAGCGGAGACUUGGGCCCCAACCGUGUUCUCGAGCGACCACAUGUCAUCUACAAUGAUGCCACUUCGAAGUACGUGAUGUGGAUGCAUAUCGAUAGCAGUAACUACGGUGAGGCAAAGUCUGGUGUUGCAACUUCAUCAAGCGUGUGUGGUGCAUAUGAAUACAUAGGAUCUUUUCAGCCCCUAGGUCAUGAAUCGCGUGACAUAGGCCUGUACAAGGAUGAUGAUGGUACUGGAUAUCUUUUGACGGAGGAUCGACCGAAUGGGCUGAGAAUCAACAAGCUGACUGAUGACUACACCAACGUCACCGAAACCACCCAUCUCUUCCCAGAACACAUUGAGGCCCCAGCUAUGUACAAACAGGAUGGUGUAUACUUUCUAUUUGGAUCUCAGUUAACAGGGUGGUCAAACAACGAUAAUAAGUAUGUCACCGCAAGGAGUCUUAGUGGGCCUUGGACCGACUGGGAGAAUUUUGCGCCAUCCGGAGCUAAGACAUUCGAGUCGCAAACCACCUUUGUUGUUGCGGUUGGCGAUUCCGUGCUAUAUAUGGGUGAUCGGUGGGACUCUGAGAAUCUCAUGAGGUCAACGUAUAUCUGGCUUCCCUUGACUAUCGAUGGAACCAAGGCCACACUACAAAAUGAAGCCAACUGGGUGCUUCCGCUUGAGGGGACUUGGUCCACCGGCGGCUCCGAAAAGAAUUAUGCGGCAGAAUCAUCCAAUAACAUGCUCUCUAACGGUGCCAAGGUUAUUUCGUGUAGCAGCUGCUCUGGUGGUAAGUCAGUUGGUUAUCUCGGUGGCUCCGAUGAUGGAACACUCCGAAUCAGCAAUUUGGCGGGCGUAGGAUCUGCCCCAAUCACUCUCCGUAUACGGUAUGCGAACGGGGAUAGUUCUCAACGUUAUGCGAACAUUACGGUUAACGACCAAUCACAUGUGUUAGCCUUCCUACCUUCUGGUAGUGGGAAUACACCAUUACCUCGACCCUUCAUAUUACAUUGGACAAGGGCGAUGUGAACACCGUCACUUUCAGUGGAUACAAAGGAGGCUGGGGUCCCGAUGUCGAUGAGUUGAUAGUUCCCCAGGAGUAGAUAAUUGGCUGCCCUGAUAUGGUUCAUCUCUUGCGUUGGGGUUGCUGGAGUCACGGGAUUGUUGGUGGUGUUAAUGGAAAAGAGUUAUGCAUCUCUACUUCUAGUCGUGAUAACCGGUAGUGGACAACUGUACUUCAACAUAAUGGCGCUUAGCUUGAAGUUCUCGCGAGGUCCGCCAGUCUGUGAAAACCUCCGAAAUGAUAAUACGAUAAAUUCAGUCUGACUAAGUGCUCGACCAAAACUAUCUGAGGUGUAGGGGAAGCCCUUUAUAUAGGCUUGUAAAUAACCAAUA